AUGUCUGGCGAGGGCCCCGAGUCCAUCCCCACCUCCGCCGACCCGCGCAGCCGGCGCCCGGUCAAGAAGCGCGCCCUCACCCCCGUCACCGAGCACGCGAAGCAGCUCGACGCCCUCUUCUCCAAGCCCGACCAGGAGAUCCGCAUCCCCCCACCCCCCGGCGCCGUCGCCAGGCGCGCCGUCAAUGCCCCGCCCGAAAUCGUGACUAACGUCCAGGGCUCCAGCGCCGGAGCCGGCUCGGGCGAGUUCCAUGUCUACAAAGCCAGCCGUCGCCGCGAGUAUGACCGACUGCGUGCCAUGGACGAGGAGGUGAAGCAAGAGAAGGAUAACGAGGAGUUUGAGCGUCAAAAGGCCGAGCGCGAGGCCAAGGACGAGGAGCGUACACGCAAGAACAGAGAGAAGAGAGAGAAGAAGAAGCAGAGGGGCAAGAAAGGCCCUGCUGCAGCCGGCCCAAAGGCGCCGGCAGUGCCAAGCGGUGGUGCAGACAAGCCGACUUUGGCGGAAACAUCUACAACCAAGGCAGACGGCGAUGCCAAGGAAUACAGGGACGGCGGUAGAAACAUGGAGUCAAAGACCACCGCUACAGCUCAACCCUCCGGUCUCGUCAUCCACGACGACGACUGA